GGGAUGACAUCAUUACCGGGGAAGAGCAGGGGGGGCCCCGGGUAACGCCAUUUUCACGCAGCGCUCAGCCAGUCAGUCAUCCAGGGAGCUGUCAUCUUCAUCGGCUACUAGUCAACUUUGCAUUCAUCCCCAUGAAGCCGCGAUCAAGCUAGUUUCGCGGACCUGUUCCUGCCAUGGCACCGAAGGGGAACAGGCUCUUCUCGUGUGGCUCCGACUAAAGUCAGUGUUGUGACAGUUAGCUUCGGUGGCUAGCUAUGUAGCUAGCUGGUCAUCAGUAAACGGCGGUUGAUGCAGUUGAAGUCCAGCGUCAGUCGGCGAAACAUACCGGGGACAGUUUGGAAAAUAGUGUUUUAUGAUUAAAUAUUUUUACAUUUAUCGGCAAACGCUGUCCAUCAAAGAAAAAAAUCCCUCCGUUUAAAAAAAAGCUGUGAUUUAAAAGGGAAAGCCGUGAAGAAAACGAGCGUUACAGUCAAGCUACAUUGGCAACGGAUGUCCAAGAGAACGGAUGCGUGAGGACAUGUCCACCAUGGUGUGCGUGAAGGAGGAGGAGGACCCUGGGGAGAAGCUGUCCCAGGAUGAGAUCAUCUCCCGGACCAAGCAGGUGAUCCAGGGGCUGGAUGCCCUGAAGCAGGAGCACCACUCCAUCCUGGACGGCCUGCUGGGAACGCUGCGCUGCCUGAAGCAGGAUGAGGAGGGAGUCCUGGUGGAGGAGAAGUCCCACAUGAUCCGCAAGUCCCUGGAGAUGCUGGAGCUCGGGCUGAGCGAGGCACAGGUGAUGAUGGCGCUGUCGAGCCACCUGAGUUCGGUGGAGUCGGAGAAGCAGAAGCUGCGGGCUCAGGUACGCCGGCUCUGCCAGGAGAACCAGUGGCUGAGGGACGAGCUGGCCGGGACGCAGCAGAAACUGCAGAAGAGCGAGCAGAGUGUGGCCCAGCUGGAGGAGGAGAAGAAACACCUGGAGUUCAUGAACCAGCUGAAGAAGUACGACGAGGACUUGUCCCCAUCUGAGGAGAAGGACUCUGACUCCAGUAAAGAGACUCUGGACGAUCUCUUCCCGGAUGACCAGGACGACCAAGCCCCAGGCAUCCAGCCGACUCAUGGCAGUGCAGCGGCAGCGGCAGCCCAGCAGGGUGGCUAUGAGAUCCCGGCCCGUCUGAGGACCCUCCACAACCUGGUGAUCCAGUACGCCUCCCAAGGCAGGUACGAGGUGGCCGUACCCCUCUGCAAACAGGCCCUGGAAGACCUGGAGAAGACCUCUGGACACGACCACCCGGAUGUGGCCACCAUGCUCAAUAUCCUAGCCCUUGUUUACAGGGAUCAGAACAAAUAUAAGGAGGCGGCCAACCUGCUGAAUGACGCUCUGGCCAUCAGGGAGAAGACUCUGGGCAGGGACCACCCAGCUGUCGCCGCCACCCUCAAUAACCUGGCUGUCCUGUAUGGGAAGAGAGGGAAGUACAAGGAAGCAGAGCCUCUGUGCAAGAGAGCGCUUGAGAUCAGAGAAAAGGUCCUGGGGAAGGACCACCCAGAUGUGGCCAAGCAGCUGAACAACCUGGCCCUGCUGUGUCAGAACCAGGGCAAGUACGACGAGGUGGAGUACUACUACAUGAGAGCGCUGGAGAUCUACCAGACCAAACUUGGCCCCGACGACCCCAAUGUAGCCAAAACCAAGAACAACCUGGCAUCCUGUUACCUGAAGCAGGGCAAGUUCAAGCAGGCUGAAACUCUGUAUAAAGAAAUCCUCACCCGCGCUCAUGAGAGGGAGUUCGGCUCUGUUGAUGAUGAGAACAAACCAAUUUGGAUGCAUGCCGAGGAGAGAGAGGAACAAAGCAAGGGGAAGCAGAAGGACGGCUCGCCAUUUGGAGAAUAUGGAGGCUGGUACAAAGCCUGUAAAGUCGACAGCCCCACAGUGACCACGACGCUGAAGAACCUGGGCGCCCUCUACAAGCGGCAGGGCAAGUUCGAGGCCGCUGAGACCCUGGAGGAAGCCGCCAUGCGCUCCAGAAAGCAGGGUCUGGACAAUGUGCAUAAGCAGCGUGUUGCAGAGGUCCUGAGCGAGCCAGAGGCCCGCGAGAAGCAGCGAAGCCGCGAGAGUUUGACCUCUGACACGGUGAAAUACGAAAGCGGGCCGGACGGUGGCGAGGAAGUGAGUAUGAGCGUGGAGUGGAACGGGGACGGCUCCGGCUCCCUGAAGAGGAGCGGCUCCUUCAGCAAACUGCGGGCGUCGAUCCGUCGCAGCAGCGAGAAACUGGUCCGCAAGCUGAAAGGCGGCGGCUCGUCCCGGGACAGCGAGCCCAAAAACCCCGGCAUGAAGCGAGCCAGCUCUCUGGGGGUUCUUAACGUGGCGGACAAGGCUGCGAGUGACCACUACCAAGAACGAAAUAAUCGUCUGAGAAAGAGUCGCGACCUGAGUGCCAGCCACACUGAUCUGGCGCGUUGAAGGUUUUUCUUCCCGACCGUGGCAGAAGUGGCGGACGGACUCCUGAGAGGUCACGGAGGUCAUGAGAAUCCACUUCCUGUCCACAUACUCCAGACCCACCUCACUGUAAACACCUUCAUAUCGUCCAUUAUACGUCAGCAUCACACCACCAAGUGCUCACUGCACAGGUUUCAUUGCACUUUUGAAGGUUUGUGCUGCGAGAGGGGGAUUUAUUGUUUUUCAGUACAUAUCGAGGAACAUGAGGAAUAUCUGAGUGUGUGUAUCUUUUCUGUGUAUAUCUGUUUUUUGUAUGUGCGCGUACUGUAUGUAAGUGUGUGCUGGUGUGAGUAUUUUGCUUUCUCGAAUCAGUCCCUUUUUAAAUAUUUAACCUUCUGCUAGCGCUUGAAUGAAGGCAGAGUGUAGGUUUAGUUUUACAAACAUUUCUGAUGUCGAUGGCAAAGAAAUUAACUCAUUGGUACUUUUAAAUCGUAGUGUGUGAAGUCGAUUAGCUCAAAUUCACAGAACAAAACAGACAGGCUAAAUCUGCACGAAAUUACAAACUGCAAGUUAAAGUGUCGUACCAUCACUGAGCUUCACGAAAUUUAUGAAACAACAUGGCAGUUUGUUUCAGAACGGGUUUUUAGUGGCGAGCUGCAUCACAGCAACACAACAGAAUAUUUACAAAAUAUUUAAGUACAUUUACUUAAUAUGGAAAGUUCAUACAGUAUUGCCUAUAAUGUUAAAAUAGCUCGAUUUGAAAGUUAAUGAAGGAGAAACUCAGGAAAAAAGUUAUAGACUUGUUUCAUAGUCGCAGUCUAAUUGAACCCAUCAAUACUGUUUGGCUUUACCUGCCGAGGUUUCACUCAAACAAUGAGAGAAGUUCUGCCUCUUAGAAAAUGUUUUUAAUAACUAAACCCGCUGAACACUCUGCAGAGAACUUGUCCAGCAAUGACGUCUUUUUGUAGGCCGACCCGGACGUUAGCUUAGCGUUCACUCUGCAGGUUUCCAGUGGAAGUUCUGAACUGUUUUGUUUUUUAUUAGGAAAGUAUGAUUGGUAGCAAAUGAAGAUUAUAAUGAUAUGAUAUUCACAAAUCAGCAGACAUUCAGCAAUAUUUCUUUUAAGACAAAAAUGUUGGAAACCUGUCGAGGGAACCCACAUCUCAAAUGCUUUUCAGAACUGUUUUCCAAAAAUGUUCCGUCCUGUGUUUAUUGAAGUUUUUGCUUUUGAUGUAUGAAGUUCUAUGUUUACAUUUAGGGUUUUGUAAAUUAAUGGGUUUUUUUUUGUCCUUACGCUGCUCUGAAGAGUUUCUCUUUAUAUCCUUAUGUUACAAAAAGCCUUGAGAGUAGCUGCACUGUCUUCCUGAACAGUUGAGUUUGAGAAACAACGAGGCAGGAUGAUGACAUUUAUUAGCACAUGAAGGCCUAACGACACUCUCUCAGGAUCGAGGCUGUAGUUUCACACACUGACUGCAAAGUUAAGGCCACUCCAUACUUUUACACAUUAAAUGCCAUUUGUAGUAAUGGCUGGAGAAAUGUUACAGCAUUUUUUAUUAUUUUUAUUUUUUACUUAUUUUAGUCAAGACAACACUUUACCAUGUGAGUAAAGUUGAACAAGACCAACCAAAAAGUACAAAUUAUGAAUAAUUAAAAGUAGUUUUUAUCGUGUGAGAAGUACUCUUGAGAUUUAAGUUGCAAAUGGUAAAUAUAUGUUUGCUAUUACCAAAAUAAGAGGGAGUAUUGCCCUCUAUGCAGAAUCAAAACCCAGCUAACACAAAUCAGAUUGCAAACGUAAUCCUGGUAUAAAUACUGAUUAAAAUUGUCAUUACUGUUUUUAUACAACAGCCAUCUCUAUGUAAAAACUUACUGACUGAUCGUCGUUCCAAGAUUAAAGAUGUGGGUUUCUAGUUUGAUUAACUUUAGUUCACUAUGCAUACAUGCUCUCUUUUCAUUUAACGGAACAAAGUAAUGGAUAUUUAUCAUCUUAUACUGGUGACAAGCUUGAAAUACAACAACAAACAUAAAAAUAUAGAAAAACUUAAAGCCCCAUCAAUCGAUAUUUAGGAUUUAGUGCCUUGUUGAAGAGUUUUGCUUGUUUACGAUGGAAGUUUCAGGCUGAAAUCAGUUGAACAUCUUUUAAGUGCUGAUAAAAUAUGUUUCUUUUUUGUUAUGGUACCUUACUAAAAUAUACAAAACAAUUUUUUGUUUUUAAAAACACCUGUCUUUCAUCGAGCAACAGAAACCAAACUUCUCAAAUCUUAAAUGUUGUCUAAAUACAAGCUGCCAAGAAUAAAAUGAAAUGUUCCAAAAAUGGGCAAAUAUAAAAGAAAAUCUAAAACAAUAUCUCGUUAAGGAAUAUGGCUGCAACUAACCCGAUUAAUUAAUGAAUGACUUGGUCAAUAAAAUGUAAGAAAUUUUAAUUUCCCAGGGUGACAUUCAUAUUAAUUUAUUCUUGUUAUGACUGUUGGUCAGACAGACAAAUACGAGCGUUGGCAAGUACCAGUCCAGCGACCGGCGUACCAAACCACGCAUCACGUGAAUGUUUAACACGUGGUAAAUGUUGUGAAACAGUCGUUGUUUGGUUAGGUUUAACAAAAGAUUGUGGUUUGUGUUAAAUAAGAACAUUACGUCACAUAACACAAGUCAUCUACAAAAUGUUAUUUAACUUAAAACAUAUCAUCUUUGACUUUAUUUCACACGGGACUUGAACCUUGGUUCAGUCCUAAGUUUACUUGGCACAUCUAUCUACCCCAAGCCGCUUACAUGUCGCUCUUUAUACUACAUCACCUGACUUCUUCUGUCACUAGAGGUCAUGGCCUAACUAAAAAUAUAAAUAUGGGUCAUAAUAAGAUAUAUAACAAUCGACCUAUAAAGCUGGUGAGGACAGGCUGCGCUUAAAGUCUGGCAGUUUUUCAUGAACAUUUAGUUUCUUGACAGGGGUGUGCAAUAAGCUUUUUGUCUGACUUAAAAAAAAUGUCUUACUGCCGAUUCUGAUUUGUAAAUUUGAUCACAAAAAUUAAUGCAUAUCCUGACCGAAGUAGAGAAUUUAUAUGAAUACUUUCAUUCCAGAACAUUAUACUGUUUAUCCCUUUUUAAAUAAUAAUAAAACAUAGAUAGAAGUGAUUUGAUAACUUGAAUAAUAGCAAUGGUAAGUUUUCCUUCAGUGCCGGCAAUAAUGUAGUCAAAGACGUAGUGAUUUCUCAUUUGAAACGUCUCAUUUUUGUUUGUUUUGUCUUUGUAACGAUGGUUUUAUUGACACUGUUGGACGUUACAGAGUGUGUUGAAGCUUUUUUUGUGACUGUUGAUCAGUCUGCUCGUCAGCCUGCUUUGUGCUUUAUUUUAUUUUGAUCCUUAUUGUCUUACUGUUAGAAGCUCCACAAAGUAACGAGGCACAUAACUUAACAAUGUCUGAUGGUUUUGAUGAACUGGGCAACACUUUGGGGAACGUUAAGACACAACACCUUAGUGUAGUGAUAAAGUGAUGUUCAGGGUCGAUACACGUAAAGAGGCUAAUUUAAUCGUUUACACAAAGUAAAAUGCAGUAGUAUCAAAAAGUAUAACAGUAGUUUUAUAUGGAAGCAAAGAAAAGUCAAUUUAAAGACCACUGAUGUUAUUGUAGUUGAUUUUAAAGUGGAUUAUAUAAAUAUAAUAAUAUAGACAGAAACAUAACUGGUCCUUGAAUGUAGUCUGGCCAAUAAAGUUUUAAUUUAUCAUCAGAAUUUAAAAGUGGAGAAUUCAAACCACACAAGUAUAUAUAUCAAAAAAUAAUAAUAAUAAAAUACAUAUUUCACAAUUAUGGAUUAAGUUGCUUAUAAGAUUAAAAUCCUAAAAAAAAUAUUUUGCUUCUAUAGUUUUAAGUAUUUUAAGCAGUUUGCUGUUUUGGGUCAAAUUUAAAAAUAUAUUCAAAAUAUUCCAAAGGGAAAAAAUAAUAUUUCAAAAAAACAACUUUUUCUUCUGGAAUACUUCUUGGUAUGUGGGUAGAUGCUGUAUAUACUUACUGACAACAAGAUUUUCCUGUCCUGAGUAAAGCAGCAAUGUUGAAGCAUUGUUGCCCAAUGCUAAAGGUCAAAGUUGCUCAAACUGUUGCCCAGUUACAGAGGACAACCUGCAGCAGCUUGAUGCUGAUUAUUACAGGAAGGACAACUUAAAAUAUUUUCCUGAAACUAUGACUUAUCAUUAGUUUUUAAUAUGCAAGACUAUUUUACAGUGAUGAUUAUGAUGACGUGAAUGUAAAUGGCUUUAUGGAAGUGCAGGUAACAAUGAAAAGUUGACUCUAUAUGUGUGUGUUUGUUGUUAAAGCAGCAAAGUUAAAAGUCUCUCAGUCCGUCCUUUUGUUGCGUUUUUUUUUUUUUUAUGUCAAAGUGUAAUUUCUGAUCCCCGCCUGUGGAUUGUGUUGUUGUGCGGAGCAGCGAUGUGGAUGAUUCGAUAAAGUAUAUUCUCAGGUUGGGACAAAAAUGGUUUUAUGUCCAUUUCUUUAAAUGAAAGUGUAACAUGUGGCCUCUGUCGCCCUCUGUCAGCGCUCAGUGGAACUCGCAGCAACACUGAAAGAACUUUCUCCCCUUACACAAGCUAAUUAAAUCUAAUUAGAAUACAUUUAAUAUUUUAUGUAAUGUUAUAAUACUGGUUUUGUCAUUUGCCUCUGUGGACUGAUGACAAGGUUGUUGACGGAUAAUUUACGUCCCCAAACAUAAAAGUUUUAGCCAGAAAGUGCAGAGAGUUUAUGAUCAGGUGGAAAAGUUAUUACUGCUGAUUAUUUUCUCGUUCAAUCGAUUGUUAUCAAACCUUAUUUUCAGUCAGAAAAUACCAAAAAGGUUUUUAAUAAUUUUGAGGUUUGGCCUUAUUAAAACAAACAUUGUGAACGUCUCACCUUUGGCUCUGGGUAAUUGUGAUGGUGACUCACUAUUUAAAUUAAUUUUUUUUAAUUAAUCGAUCGAUUAAUGGAGAAAAUAAUCAGCAGAUUGAUCCAUAAUGAAAAUAAUCAUUAGUUGCAGACAUGAAGCAACAAUUUAAAUGCAGCACAAUACUUUACUUGUAUUUUCGCAAUACUUUUACUUAAGUAAAGGAUCUGAAUACUUCCCCCACCGUGGGGCAUUUAUCAGCCUAGUAACCACGGCACAUUUCGGAUGCUGCACCUUCCUCAUGUCCCGCUCUACAACUCUGCGUGCUCGUUCCUAAAUCUAAAUUAAGAUUAAAUAUCAAGCUGCACAUGUCCUCUUGUUUUGUUUUUGUUUGUGAGUAAGAUGAAAGUAUUUUAUGCUUCCUACAAGGCAGCAUAGUCGACUCCUCCAUGUUAAAUAUAACAACCGUCCCCUGUUACGUCUUGUAUGUAGAGAAAAUGUUCCUGGAUGAGACUGGCUUUCAUGAUACUACUUGUUCUCUGUAACCGCUGCUCUCUCAGACAUGUUGGCUUCUGAUGUUCCACUGCGCCUCCUCCUGUUCACCUGAGCAGUGACGUUUGUUUAUUGUUCAGCUUCACUGUAUUUGAAUAAAACGGUCAAAUUUA